GGCGUUGCUCCGCUGCUCUGCUUCUUCCUGAUUCCGUCCACUUAUGACCGAGCACAGAGCGUCACGAGCGCCUUCUCUGCCUGCGCGAGAGAGAGAGAGAGAGACAGCACCGUCCUUGCACACAGUUAGGCCCGGAAAAGAACCAUGUCUAUCCUCAAGAUUCACGCUCGUGAGAUUUUUGACUCCCGUGGCAACCCCACUGUGGAGGUUGAUCUGUACACCAAGAAAGGUCUUUUCAGAGCCGCAGUACCCAGCGGUGCCUCCACAGGCAUCUACGAGGCUCUGGAGCUCCGUGACAAUGACAAGACGCGCUACAUGGGCAAAGGUGUCUCAAAAGCUGUUGAAAAUAUCAAUAAAAAAAUUGCACCUGCACUGGUUAGCAAGGAUGUGGACGUUACAGAUCAGGCCAAGAUCGACAAGCUGAUGCUGGACAUGGAUGGCACAGAAAACAAGUCUAAGUUUGGUGCUAAUGCCAUCCUGGGCGUGUCCCUGGCUGUGUGCAAGGCUGGUGCAGCAGAGAAGGGCGUUCCCCUCUACCGCCACAUCGCUGACCUGGCUGGAAACCCUGAAGUCGUUCUCCCUGUCCCUGCGUUCAACGUCAUCAACGGCGGCUCCCAUGCAGGCAACAAGUUGGCCAUGCAGGAGUUCAUGAUCCUGCCUGUGGGAGCUAGCAGCUUUAAGGAGGCCAUGCGUAUUGGUGCCGAGGUCUACCACAACCUGAAGAAUGUCAUCAAGGAGAAAUAUGGCCAAGAUGCCACUAAUGUCGGUGACGAGGGAGGCUUCGCCCCCAACAUCCUGGAGAACAAGGAAGCUCUGGAGCUGCUGAAGAAUGCCAUCGGCAAGGCCGGCUACACCGACAAGAUCGUGAUUGGCAUGGAUGUGGCUGCCUCUGAGUUUUACAAGGGUGGCAAGUACGACCUGGACUUCAAGUCUCCUGACGACCCCAGCCGCUACAUCUCCCCUGACAAGCUGGCUGACCUCUACAGGAGCUUUGUCAAAGAUUACCCCGUGGUGUCCAUUGAGGACCCCUUUGACCAGGAUGACUGGGAGGCGUGGGCCAAAUUCACAGCCAGCACCAGCAUCCAGGUGGUGGGAGAUGACCUCACAGUCACCAACCCCAAACGUAUCGCCAAGGGUGUGGCUGAAAAGUCCUGCAACUGCCUGCUGCUUAAAGUCAACCAGAUCGGCUCCGUCACAGAGUCCCUGGAGGCCUGCAAGAUGGCCCAGAGCAACGGCUGGGGUGUGAUGGUCAGCCAUCGCUCUGGAGAGACAGAGGACACCUUCAUCGCUGACCUGGUGGUCGGUCUCUGCACUGGACAGAUCAAGACAGGUGCACCUUGCCGAUCUGAGCGCUUGGCUAAGUACAACCAGCUGCUCAGGAUUGAAGAGGAGCUCGGCGACAAGGCCCGUUUUGCCGGCCAGAACUUCAGGCACCCCAUCUGAGCUGAUCUACCUCCAUGGGCCUCCGUGUGUUGCCUGCCCUGUCUGGAGAGAAGAUGGAGAGAUUACUGCUGAAACCCAAGGUCCAAGUCUGGUCUGUAGCGUGGAGCUAUAGAGUAGAUCCCAGUACAACCACAGCUCAGCUCAUCCUCAAACUAUGCUUUAGCUCCUGAUUAGUGUUGGUCCCUACGUUUGUGUCUGUAACUGUGUGAGUUUUGCUCAGCUUCUUGUGAGUUGUAGUGAUUUUUGAUCCUCUACUGAGUAUUUGAGCUACUGUAACUGUAGUACAGCUCUGCCUCGAGCCGUGGCAACAGUACCAUAUGUGCAAUGUGUCGCAUCUGACAAGGUCUUGUGUUGCUGUAAGCGUAGGCAGAAAUAUGUAAUAAACAACAUAGUUUGAAACAUU